CCUAAGAAAUGAACGAAAAAAGCAAAAUCCACGUCACUUUUGAUUUUUCGCAUUAAAUUUUUUAAUAUUUUUACUCUUUUCAUACAUUAAUACAACAAGUGCCGUGUUAUUUAACAAUAUUUUAUUAUAACCUUAGAUUUUAGAAAAUAUUUACCUAGUAUAUACAAUAUUUUUUUUGUAAAAAGAUCAAAUUUGUGAUUAACCAAUGUGAAUAACUAUGAACAACGUUCAAUCACGUAAUAGUAGCGACAUUACGGGAAUGAAUACGAGUCGAAAAAAGAAGGAGUAUCCGUGUAUAGACAACACCACUAGUUACAUGGGCUUGGUGCGUCAGAAUCCGUGGACUCCGACCAAGCGCCGUGGUCCUAUCGCCGCUGAGGUCGCCAGUCCGGGCCCUGCAGUUGUGGCGUUGCCUUCUUUCAUAGGUAAACAUCCUCCAGAAUCCCGUAAGCCCCGAGCACCUUCAUACACAUUUGGCCACAAGCUAGACCCUCCUGGCACUAAGCUAGGACCGAGCCCUGCAAGUUACAAUACAGAAGGAAUGACUUGUAAAGGGAGGGCGUCUGGGCCAGCUGCAUCACUUCAUGGGCGUUGGCCCCCGCCACGUAUCCCCAUCACCCCUGCGCCUUGCGACUACGAGGCUUCGAAGGCUUCUCGAGCCGCGCUGGACGUGGCGCCUGCCUUCUCCAUUGGCAUUCGAGUCUCUCCACCAGCGCCCGGUGCGAGUACUCCAGCACCGAACGCAUAUUCUAUGCCACCUCUGCUCGGCGAAGCCAAAGAAGGAAGUAAACGCGCUGCACCAGCUUACAGCAUUACGGGGCGAGGAAAAACGUUGGAAAACAAAUCACUUAUACCGGGUCCAGGAACUUAUACCCCUGAGAAGGCUUUAAUAGUGUCCACGAAAAAACCUCCAGCUUAUACUAUGGCUCCUAGAAGAGAAUACAAACCUCCGACUGCAGCCGUGCCAGGACCAGGCGUCUACUGUCCUGAAAAGGUCGAUAUAGUGCGACGGGAGAAAUCACCCCAUCAUUCAAUUGCUGUGACUAAAUCUAAAACUGUUGGAGGCGAUCAAGUUCCUGCACCUAACGCCUACUGUCCCGAAAAGGCAGAUAAAUUUCUAAGAGCGAAGUCACCGGCGUUUUCAUUUAGAACUAAGACUGAAAUCGUUAAGGUACAUGACGCACCUGCCCCAAAUGUCUAUUCUCCUGAAAAAGCUAUACAUUCUCUUAAGAGCGGCCCUAAAUACACACUUGCGGGAAAAGGUGUUGCUGAAAAGUUGGAGGUAACACCUGGUCCUAAUUAUUAUAAUCCUCAAAAGGCAGAUAAAAUUUUGCACGAAAGCUCGCCGGCUUAUACAAUACGCUCAAAAGAAAUUGUGGAGAAGGUUGAACAAACGCCCGCUCCGAAUAUAUACGCUCCUGAGAGAUCAAUUCAUAUGCUAAAUGGUGGGCCUAAAUUUACUAUGUCUGGUAAGAUAGGACACAUUAAGUUACCAGAUACGCCAGCGCCAAACAGCUACAAUCCUGAGAAAGCUGACAAGGUACUACAUGAACAUUCACCAGCUUAUUCCUUCAGGAUCAAAGAGCAAUCCGUAGUAAGAAGUGAAUCUCCAGCUCCAAAUGUAUACGCUCCUGAAAGAUCAAUGCACUUGUUAGAUAGUUCUCCGAAAUUUACCAUCAGCGGCAAAGGUGCUACUGGCAAGAUAGAGAACACACCAGCCCCUAAUAAUUAUUGUCCAGAAAAAGCUGAUAAAUUGUUGCAUGACUCUUCGCCAGCAUAUACAUUCAGAUCAAAAGAUCAAAUGCAUAAAAUAGAUGUCACUCCAGCCCCUAACGUAUAUGCACCCGAAAAAUCCAUGCAUAUGCUAGAUGGCGCUCCUAAAUAUACUAUUACUGGAAAAGGCCUACUAACAAAAAUUUACGACACACCAGCACCGAAUGCUUACAACCCAGAUAAAGCUGAUAAAUUAUUACACGAAUCUUCUCCAUCGUAUACGUUUAGAUCGAAAAUACCUGUCGGCGAACAGAAUGAUGUGCCUGGUCCGAACGUAUAUGACCCUCAUUUGUUAGAUGGCACACCAAAAUAUAGUUUGUAUGGUAGAGGUCCUAAUGAGAAACCAUCCGACACUCCUGGACCUAAUGCUUACAAUCCUCAUUUAUUAACCGGAUCACCUAAGAUCACGAUUGCAGGUAAAGGUUCAUCUGAUAAACCCUCUGAUGUACCAGCUCCUAACGCUUAUGAUCCUCAUCUGCCUGAUAAUACUCCAAAAUAUACCAUAUUAGGCAGAGGUCCUGAUGGCAAACCAUCAGAUACUCCUGGACCUAAUCACUAUGAACCUCAUUUGCCUAGCAGUUCCCCACGAUAUACUAUAUCUGGUAAAGGGAUAGACGAAAAAGUUUCCGAUGUUCCAGCUCCAAAUACUUAUGAUCCACGCUUACUCGAUGGUACACCCAAGUUCACUAUAGCGGGUAAAGGGCUAUGCGAUAAGCCAUCCGAUACACCUGGUCCAAGUGCUUAUGAUCCUAACUUACCUCACAAUUCACCAAAAUAUACAAUUUCUGGUAAAGGCCCGCUUGCAAAAGUAAUUGAUACACCGGCCCCCAACACUUAUUGUCCUGAUAAAGCCGAUACAAUAUUGCAUGAAAGCUCUCCGGCCUAUACAUUCCGAACUAAGGAACCGCUUCAUAAACCUGUCGACAAUCCAGCGCCUAAUGCGUAUGAUCCUAGUAAAUAUGAUUAUAUGUUAGACGGAGUUCCUAAGUACAGCUUUGGUGUUAAGGGGCCAGCGGAAAAAAUUUCAAACAAUCCGGCACCAAAUACAUACUGUCCAGAAAAAGCUGAUAAAAUUCUUCACGAAACAUCCCCUGCUUACACAUUCCGACCAAAAAUUAGUAAUGAUAAAGUUCCUGAUACACCUGGACCAACUGCUUAUGACCCUCAAAAGGCUGAUAAGAUUUUGUUAGACAGUGCACCGAGAUAUUCGUUUAGAAUAAAAACAAAUCCACAUAAAUCAGACAGCGUCCCAGCGCCCAACAGCUAUAGUCCUGAUAAAGCGGAUAAAGUAUUGAUGCAGAAUGCUCCUCAAUACACUUUUAGAAUCAAAACAAAUGCUUUAAAAGUUUCUGAUAGUCCUGCGCCAAACUCUUAUAAUAUCCCUAUUCCUGUGAAGACACCUUUGUACACGAUUUCUGGUAGACACAAAGAACCAAUCGAUGAGCGCCUUAAAGUACCAGCUCCAGGUGCCUAUAGUCCUGAGAAGGGAAACAAGUUUGUCCUGACAUACUCGCCUUCGUACACAUUUGGGAUAAAAAUUCACACGGACAAAUAUGGUGAUACACCAGCUCCAAAUUCGUACCGCAUCCCGUCUGUGUUAGACACACCCGUAUACACUAUAUCAGGACGGCACAAAGUGCCAGUCGACGAUCGCGUGCGAGUGCCCGCGCCUGGCACCUAUUCACCGGAAAAGGUACAGUUAAAUAAAACACCACAAAUCACGUUUGGGAUAAAACACUCUCCUUUGUUGGGACAACUAAAACCCAUUGAACCUUAUCGGCCUGACGAGAAGGAAAAAAUUAAGAAGAUACUUAGUAAUACUACGCAAGAUGUAUCACGCAAUAAAGAAAUUUUACAAACUGAUGUUAAUCAAACUCACAAAAAGGGCAAAUAUAUUGUUGUACUACAUAGCGACAAUGUUGAAAACAGCGAUGUACAAAUUCAGGAAAAAAUUGAUGAGUUGGCCGAUUCCACAUUAAUCCAACGUAUUCAAAAUGAUAGACAAAAUGCUGUUCAAAAUGGCGGCGCCGUUGAAAAUCGCGAAUUGCAAGUUCAGAAAAAUGUAAAAUUGACAAACGAUUCUGCGCUAAUGCAAACUACCCACGCGCAUGUUACACAAAUACGAGACACUGAAAUCAGAAGUUCAACGCCAGACCAGGUUCAAGAAACGUUGACUCAAGAGUUGGUUUGGAUUCCAGAAAAACCAAUUCGCCGAGGCUCAUACACCAUUGAUAAAGGAGACUCCUUUACGGAAAAAUUCCAAAGUAGUGAAAUAGUCCCUGUGGGAAAUGGAGUCAUUCGAACUACAGCACAGGGUGUGAGAGGAGCAACUCGCUCUGAAGAAAAUACUAGCGAGAUAGUUCAACGAGAAGGAUUUCAACAGAGCACCCAGACAAACCUAAAGAAAGCAAGUGCUCACGAAAAAACACAAGCUGCUGCUGAAGAAGUUCAUACUGGUACCGAAGUGCAGCAUCUUCCCAAUGGGGGUAUUUCUAAAACCACAACGACUACAACUGUUAGAAAGAUGGGAUCGUCAGCGAAGACAGCGAAUGCCUCUACUACCAUUUCACGUACUGCUACUGUAGUGACGUCACGUGACGUGGGUACUAAGUAAUAUUUUUGAAACCCUUGCAGAAACUACGCUCAAUAAAAAGGCGUAUAAUAUAUUCUUUAAUUGUUACAGCUUAUAAUAAUGUGCAGUCGCGUUUAGGACUAACCAACUUUAUAUAUUUUUUUUAUUUGUUAUUCAUAAUACAACGGUUCGUUUUUCUAUUUUGCUAGAAAAAUGCGAUCUCUUACAAUAAUUGUUGCAUGUUAUUUAUUACGCUCACGAGAAUUUUGUCGUUGCCUAAUCUUUAAGGAAAAUUGCCUUAUUAUAUGAAAAUAAUGUUACUAAUAUUGUUAAAAGCAAUGCAGAUUUUAUUAAUAA